AUGGAUCAGGCGGCAUUUGACGCGUUGAUGCAGCAAGUGGCGGAGAUGUCGGCAGGCAUGAAGGCGUUAACGACAGAGGUGGAGAGACUACGUGAAGAAAACAACGAGCUACGCCAGGCGCGAGGUGAAGCGCGCCAGGAGUCGCCCGCUGAAGAAGGCGAGAGCACUGGUCAAGCGGUGAGCGGCAAUCCGUUGGAGGAGCUCACACGCGGCUUCGAAGAAGAAGAUAGGCAGCGAGCGGCGGCAGCGACAACAGUUGCAGUGACAACAAUCAAGAUAAAGCCUACGAGCCCGCCCCCGUUCAACCCUACCGACAAGAACACUACUGUUAAGGGGUGGUUGUUCGGCGUGGAGGUGUUCUUCACUGCAGCGAACGUCAACGACGACGCCACGCGUAUUAAUUACGCGGUAUCGCUUCUGCGAGGCCCGGCGCUUGAGUGGUGGCGACGAACCUUGGACACGGGGACCCCGACAGGUGUGACACAUGCGGCAGACGGGACUUCGGACUCUGCUAUUGGGAGGGCAUCAUCGAUAUUCGGUGUGGCCACAAUUCGCACGUGGAAGCAGUGGGGCGCAGCCUUACGAGAGCGUUUCGAGCAUGUAUCCGCCUCGGAACACGCUCGCAUGAAGCUGCGUACCUGGUCACAGUUGGCUUCUGUUCAAGACUACACAGCGUCGUUUAUGGCGCUCGCGGAUCAAGUGGACGACAUGGCGGAAGCUGAACGGUUGGAUAAAUACAUCAGCGGCUUGAAGUAUGAGAUACAGUACGAGCUGGACAGGUGUCUGCCCGAAAUUGACGCCCGCCUCGUGGAUGGGACGCCUCUGGCGAUUUUGGAAGAAACACGGACGGUGCGGAUUGAGUGCGGCGACGAUUUCGGCUUCAGCAUGAAGUUUCUCGCGACGACGUUGGACGGAUGCGACGUGCUCCUGGGACGCGAUUGGCUGCGACGGCACAACCCGGUAAUCGAUUGGACGACGGGAUCGUGCAGCAUCAGCAAGGACGGGAAGCUGAUUACUCUGCCCGCGUGGACUCCGGACUGCAUCGAGUCUACAUGCGUCAAAGCCAUCACGAUUACACGCCACGUCAACAGGGGUGCGCAACUGUUCGCCGUAUGCUUGCGCGAGUUGGCAGCCGACACUGACGGAAACGACAUCGAGAAGCUGUGCGCAGCUGUACCACCUGAUUUAGCGGAGCUGAUUCGACAGUACCCCGACAUUUUCCCGGACGAUUUGCCACCUGGCCUACCACCCGAGAGACCCGAAGACCACAAAAUCCAGCUGGAACCUGGCGCGCAUCCGACUGUUCGUACACAGUGGCGGUUGACUCAGCCCGAACUCGCGGAGCUUCGAAGUCAACUUGAGUCACUGUUGGAGAAGGGCUUCAUCCGACCCAGUACUUCGCCCUUCGCCGCACCGAUCCUGUUCACACCGAAGAAGGACGGCGGCAUUCGCAUGUGCAUCGACUAUCGCGCACUCAAUCGGGUUACCAUCAAGUCUCGCUAUCCCAUCCCACGCACCGACGACCUCCUCGACCAACUUCGCGGCGCUCGCUACUUCUCAAAGAUUGACCUACGCGGCGGUUACCACCAAAUCAGAGUAUUCGCUGACGAUUGUCACAAGACCGCCUUCCGAACCCGCUACGGCAGUUACGAGUUCACCGUGAUGCCUUUCGGCCUCACGAAUGCGCCAUCAACAUUUCAACGCACCAUGAACAGGGUAUUUCGCGACCUGCUAGACAAGUGUGUUAUCGUCUACUUGGACGAUAUUCUGAUUUUUAGCAGGACACGCGAGCAGCACCUCCGCGACCUCGACACAGUGUUUAAGCGGUUGCAGGAGAACCGCCUCAUCACCAAAGGCUCUAAGUGCGAGUUCUUUAAGCAAGAGUUGGAGUUUUUGGGGCACGUCAUCUCACGCGACGGCAUCAAAAUCGACCCGAAGAAAAUCAAGACUAUUCAGGAAUGGAAGGCCCCGACUAAUGUCACAGAACUUCAGAGUUUUCUGGGGUUUGUGAAUUAUGUCCGGCGGUUUAUCCCGAAUAUGGCGGGGAUAACCGGCCCGCUGACCGACCUGCUGCACAAGGAUAGGAAUUUCGUGUGGGGGGAAGAGGCUGAGGCGGCUUUUCAGGAGUUGAAGCAGUUACUGGUGUCCCCUCCGGUUCUUCGCAUCGCCGACCCAUCCAAGCCGUUCGAAGUCGUCACCGACGCUUCAGAUUUCGCCAUCGGCGCAGUGCUGCUCCAGGAUUUUGGCAACGGCUUACAACCGAUUGCCUAUGAGUCACGCAAGUUGCAGGCAGCCGAGCGCAACUACCCGAUUCACGACAAGGAGAUGCUCGCCAUCAUUCACGCGUUUAAACUGUGGAGAUGCUACCUGACUGGCGCCGACGUCACUGUUCGCACCGAUCAUAAAUCCCUACAGUACCUUCGAGCGCAACCCAACCUCAACCCACGACAAAUCCGGUGGCUCGAUUACAUGGAGUCACACUUCCACUACAGGAUCACCUACAAGAAGGGCGCGAACAAUAUUGCCGACGCCCUGACCCGACCGACAGUCCAAUCCGCUGCUGUGCUGAUCACCCAUUCGAACCCGCUUCUUUCGGGACUAUUCACCCACGGCUACACUACGGACCCGUUCUUCACGACUGGAAAUCACCAGCAGGCGACGACGCAGAAAGGGAAUUAUUACCUAAAGGCCGGAACUGACCGGAUUUGGGUUCCCGCUUACCGGCUGCUGCGCGAACUCCUUAUUCAGGAGGUCCAUGAUUCCAACCUCUUCGGGGUUGAUAAAACCCAGAAGUUGUUGCACCGUCAGUAUUAUUGGCCUGAUUCUGCUAACGACGUGCAGCGAUAUGUGUCCUCAUGCAGGGUGUGCCAAGCCAUGAAAUCGACACGUCAGCGGCCAGCUGGGUUGCUGCAACCUCUCGAGCCACCCGAACGACCAUGGCAACAGGUGACGAUGGACUUCGUCACGGGGCUGCCAGCUGGGCCGUCCGGCAACGACGCUGUACUCGUCGUCGUCGAUCGCCUCACAAAAAUGGCGCAUUUCGCACCUUGUCGCACGACAAUCACCGCCGAAGAAACUGCACGCCUCUUCAUCUCCACCGUUGUGCGACUACACGGCAUCCCAUCGGCGAUCAUCAGCGACCGGGACCCAAAGUUCACAUCGAAAUUUUGGAAGGAGACGUGGGCGCAGUACGGAACGAAGCUACAGUUCUCGUCGGCAUACCACCCGCAAACCGACGGCCAGACCGAGCGGACCAAUCAGACGAUGGAGCAGCUGAUCAGGACAAACUGCCCCGACCCCGCUCGCUGGGAACAUUCGCUCGCCAUGCUGGAAUUCGCGUUCAACAACGCUCCGUCCAGCACGACUAAUCACUCCCCGUUCUUCCUGAAUUACGGGAUGGACCCGGUGGUACCUACAACGACUACACUUGACAACCCGGUCCCGAGGUCACAAACAUUUGUGACAAAACUCCAAGAAAUUCGCGAGAAGGCUGCGGACGCAAUUCGCAAGGCGAAUACCACUUCCCGCAAAUACACCGACCUUUUACGACGGGAACUCGUCUUGGCAGCUGGGCAACUAGUACUACUGGACACGAAGAACCUGCACCUGCCCGGCCCAUCGAAGUUACGGCCACGAUUCUGUGGGCCUUUCAGGAUCCUCAAGAUGGUGACACCUGUCACCGCGAAGCUGCUACUACCCGACGACUGGCGUAUUCACGACGCCUUCCACGUCAGCUUAUUACGCAAGUUCGUGCCUGCCACAACAGACAUCGCGCGCCAGAACGCCGUCCCGACAGCUCGACCUGUCCCGGAACCGACACUCGACCCGUCCAAGAUUUUGGCGCAUCGUGUUCGGCUCGACGCUUCGGGACGCCACGUGGACUUUCUUAUCCGUUGGACUGACCGCACCAGUGAGGACGACACAUGGGUGCCAUCCGCCUCACUUGAAACUUCCCCGCUUCUUGGUGAUUACCUCGCCCGCAAGCGAGCUGUGGAUGUUGACCACCUUUCUUAA